UCUCUCUCUUUCGUUUCAUUCAAGUACCCAGUUUCUAUUUCCGAUUUCCCUUAUCUGCGCUGCUGCUUCAGAAGCUUUUUCUGAUCUGUUGCGCUCUUUGGUUGAAGGCUGUUUUCCUUUCCCCUUUUCUAUCGGGAAACUGAUGAAUUUUCAUCACUGACAGUACAUACCAGUUGACGAGUUGAACAACGGGUGGGUUUUUUGAACAAAAGCCUCCAAAUUCAAGAGAAAGUUGUCUCAGAGGAAAGCUUCUAAAUGGUGGACAGAGAACCCAAAAGCGGAACAGCUUCUGAAACGGGUCUUUAAUCAAUAUGGAGGAUAUUGGAGAAUAGGGAUUUUGGGAGCUUCCAGUUUGUAAGAGUUAUCUGAACCCUUGGCACUUGGCAGGCUACUUCUACUAUCCUCUCUGAGGAGAAAUGGAUAUGAGUGGCAAGGAUAACUUUCAACAAGACAAAAAGAAUGAUGAUCUUAUGAGCUACCAUUCGCCCAAUGUCUCCUUGAAUUGGCGAUUCGACGCUUCCAAUCUCCCAAACACAUCAAUGGGAUUGAUUCCCACCGGCAACCCCAUUGCAGUUUGCAAAGGAGAUUUAAUAGAGUCUUCUUCUUGUUGCUCUGCCCCAAUGAUGGACUCAUUCUGCCCAACGGUCUGGGACCAUCCCACCAAUACACAAAACUUGGGGUUCUCGGACAUGAAUUUGCAGGACAUUGCUGGCAGUUCAAACACUCAGGGAAUUAGAAAAGCCCCUAUGGGUCCUUUGAAUGUUGAGAGAACAUUUGAUAUGGGUUGGACUGCACCAAAUUCACUGGUGAAAGGGGGUAUGUUUUUGCAGACUGCCCCAGGAAUGCUUCCUCAGAGUUUAUCUCAGUUUCCAGCAGAUUGUGGUUUCAUUGAGCGAGCAGCAAGGUUCUCAUGCUUCAGUGGGGGAAACUUUGGUGAUAUAAUGAACCCUUUUAAUAUGUCUGAAUCUGUGAACACGUACGCUAGAGGAGGAGUGCUGAUGCAGCAAUCGCAGGAGCUACUUGCCGGAAAUGGGUUGAAAACUGUUAACAGUGGGCAAUCCCAGAAACAUGAGGUGAAUGUGGCCGAAGCUUGCAAAGAUGUUUCCUUGUCUGUUGAGCAGGGGGAUGCUGAAGGGAGCCUAGUCAAGAAUGAGAAGGGUGAGGGCUUUUUACGGCCUCACAAUGAAGCUAAACCUGUUGGUGUCUUGGGUAAUGAAUCUGAUGAAGCAGAAUUCAGUGGCGGCGGCGGCGGCGGUCAGGAGGAUCCUUCUGCGUUGGAGGGUGCAGGCGCAGAACCUUAUUCUUCCAAAGUACUUGGCUUAAAGAAGAGGAAAAGAAGUGGUAGUCAGAAUAAUGAACCUGAUCAACUCAAAGAAGCUUGCCGACCACCGGGUGAAACUAAGGAUAACACAGAAACCCAACAGAAGGAAGAUCAAACCCCAGCUUCAACAGCUAACAAGUCCGGUGGAAAACAUGGUAAACAGGGGUCUCAAGCUUCAUCACCAAAGGAAGAGUAUGUCCAUGUUAGAGCCCGAAGAGGCCAGGCAACAAACAGCCAUAGUCUAGCAGAAAGAGUUCGGAGGGAAAAGAUCAGCGAGAGGAUGAAGUUUCUGCAGGACCUUGUUCCUGGUUGUAGCAAGGUAACAGGGAAGGCAGUUAUGCUGGAUGAAAUCAUUAACUAUGUACAAUCACUUCAACGGCAGGUCGAGUUUCUAUCAAUGAAGCUUGCAACAGUUAAUCCACGCCUGGACUUCAACCUUGAAGGGCUGCUUGCAAAAGAUAUGCUUCAAUCCCGAGCUGGCCCAUCUACACUAGGAUAUUCGCCUGAUAUGACUAUACCCUUUCCUUCACUUCACCCAAACCAGUCAGGAUUGAUCCAACCAGGUCUUGCUAAUAUGUCAAGUUCUUCAGAUGCAAUUCGGAGAUCCAUAAAUUCCCAAUUGAUGGCAAUGACUGCUGGAUUCAAGGAGACUACACCACAGGUACCCAAUGUUUGUGGUGAGGAUGAGCUUCACAAUGUUGUCCAAAUGGGCUUCAAUUCCAGUGCUCCACUUGACAACCAAGAUUUAAAUGGUUCUAUUCCAUCAGGACAUAUGAAGGCUGAACUUUAGCCGCCCUCCUACAUGCUUGUGUUAUUAAGUGGAAAACCCGGCUCCUUGAAUUUCCUUUUUGAGAUGCCGAGGAUGAUAAUGGUGUCACCAUUUCCUAGUUCAAGAUAAGCA